UUGGGGAGGCCGGGAUUCGUAAAUGAAACCCGAAAACACGUGGGAAACACCCCUCCUCCCUGGUCACCCGAGAAAAUAGAAAUAGAAAGUAGAGCAGCUUUUUUUUUGUCUAAGGAAAAAUGCCACCAGAGGCUGUCGAGGGCGCUAGGAGACUGUUUCUUCAUGCCCUUGCGGCGGCAGAUGGGAACCUUUUGGAAAUAAUCAGUUUGGCAAGAAGUCUGCACCCUUUGACCCACUGAUUCCUCCUUUGGAAAAUAAGUAGGGGAAAGGUUGGCACAGAAGGGCGUGCGGUUGGGUAUUUUAUAAAUAUCCAGGGGGCAAGAAGGCCCCUUCCCCAGCACAGAGAAUGGGUUCAAAAACCUUAUUGCUGCAGGAAUUCUUACUGGUACAGUUGCAGGAUGUCAAGUACUGUGUCAUACUGGAUCUUAAAUUCUGCAAGGAGCAGCAUCGCCACAUUGCAAGGGGGUGGGCGUUUGUACUCGAGGUGUGCCUCAAAUAGGAAUAAGUCAAAAUGGAGCCUCUUUUCUCCUGCACCAGCCACCCUAAAGAGUCUUCCAUGCAGUGGCUUUGCGCCACAGAAAGCUUACAGACACACUUCCACCGAGGAAGAUGAUUUCCACUUGCAGCUGAGCCCUGAGCAGGUAAACGAAGUGUUGCGUGCUGGUGAGUCAUCCCACAAGAUUCUUGACCAAGUCAGCCACGUCCCAAAUUCUGUCUUGCGAUUUGAGAGCAACCAGCUGGCUGCUAAUUCCCCAGUGGAGGACCGGCUAGGGGUCGCCUCCUGCCUGCAGACCAACGGACUGAUGUUUGGCGUCUUCGAUGGACAUGGUGGCCACGCGUGUGCUCAAGCAGUGAGCGAGAGGCUCUUCUACUACAUGGCAGUGUCGCUGAUGUCGCAGCAGACCCUGGAGCAGAUGGAGGGCGCGAUGGAGAACAUGAAGCCCUUGCUGCCCAUCCUGCAGUGGCUCAAGCACCCCGGGUACAGUAUCUAUAAGGAUGUCACCUCUGUGCACCUUGAUCACCUCCGUGUCUACUGGCAGGAGCUGCUUGACUUGCACAUGGAAAUGGGGCUGAACAUUGAAGAAGCAUUAAAGUACUCCUUCCAGAGACUGGAUUCUGACAUCUCACUGGAAAUCCAGGCGCCCCUGGAAGAUGAGAUAGCAAGAAACCUUUCGCUCCAGGUGGCUUUCUCCGGCGCAACAGCUUGCAUGGCCCAUGUCAAUGGAGUUCACUUGCAUGUGGCCAAUGCUGGCGACUGCCGGGCCAUCCUGGGUGUCCAAGAGGACAAUGGCAUGUGGUCCUGUCUGCCUCUCACCCGAGACCACAAUGCAUGGAAUGAAGCCGAGCUGUCUCGGCUGAAGAGGGAGCAUCCUGAGUCAGAGAACAGGACGAUCAUCAUGGACAACAGGCUGCUGGGCGUCCUCAUGCCCUGCAGGGCUUUCGGGGAUGUCCAGCUAAAGUGGAGUAAAGAGCUACAGCGCAGUGUCCUGGACAGGGGCUUUGACACUGAGGCCCUCAACAUCUAUCAGUUUACCCCCACACACUACCAUACGCCCCCCUACCUGACUGCUGAGCCUGAGGUCACCUACCACAGGCUGAGGCCCCAGGACAAGUUCCUCGUGCUAGGCUCCGAUGGCCUGUGGGACGUGCUGGACAAUGAAGACGUGGUGAGGCUGGUAGUGGAGCACUUGACCGAAGAGGGUCAGCACAAGCCAGACCUGGCCCAGAGGCCCACCAACCUGGGACUCAUGCAGAGCCUGCUGCUGCAGAGGAAAGCCAAGGUCCACGCCGCCGACCAGAACGCGGCCACGCGUCUCAUCAGACACGCCAUCGGGAGCAACGAGUAUGGGGAGAUGGAUCCCGAGCGGCUGACAGCAAUGCUGACGUUGCCGGAGGACUUGGCGAGGAUGUACAGGGAUGAUAUCACUAUCACUGUGGUGUAUUUCAACUCAGACUCGAUUGAGACAUAUUACAAGGGGAGUUAAGAGAGUCUCAUCCUCUUAGGUUAACUUAAACACUUUUCUAAAACAUUUUCUCUUACUCUUAAACUGGCUUUUCAAACCUAACUUAAAAGGGCAGGCAGAUGUAGCUUGCUUAAUAAUAGACUAACAGGCAAAAAAAAAAAAAAAAAAAAAGCGCCAAAAAAAUAAAAAAGAUGACAAAAAACAUCAGCCUAGGUUUAAAAACAGCAGCAGUGAUUUGAUGUCCCUGCCUGUUUGAGUUACCUCUCCUCUGCAGAGAAUUAGAGUGUGGAGACCAUAGAUUGGCUUGGUAGUCCUUGGUAGUCCUUUCAUAAAGACUCUAUUGUUAGACUGUCAGCCUGAGCCUUCAAAGGGUAAAUCUAAUUGUGAUGCCUGGAACUUUGAAAAACUCGAGGAUCUUCUAAUCUUGCUGCAAAGUCUGCAAAAUUAAUCAUUCUCAGUUCACAGUCAUGGCCUUCUAGACUAUGAAGGAUAGGUUUUGUUUUAUAAUUUUUAAAUUAUUAAGACCUAGGUUUAUAAGGCAUAUUACAUGACAGUUUUCUAUGCAAUAUUCUAACUCCUUUUUGGUAGUUAUAUUUGUGAAGACAUUUUAUAAGACUACAUUCUAGUUCUGUUUUAGUUUAUUUUAAAACCAAGUCCUCCAGUUUGCAAAAAGGCCUGCCAUAAGCAGGCUUAGAAUAACUUUUGGUUUUCAGCCGAGGAUGAGGGGGCCGAGGCCCCUGGACUAGCUGGAAUUUGGGCAACUUCAGUCUUUCACUGUGUUCCACCCCCCUUAACCUUUGAGCCAUGCUGACCUUCAUUCCUGACCUUUCCUGAAUCAGUAAAAUCGCCUCCUGGGCUUAAUCUCUGAAGAUUUAUUUAAAGCACUUGACCUUUUUGGUUAUACCUCUCAAAAAUUCUUCUGUUAAUUCCACCUACUACUCCUUCUACCUCUGCUAUACUGAAUUCCUUCAACCUGCUGCUGCUGACUAGCAAGCAGCACAAUCUAGAAAGAAUGCUCCUUCCUCACAUGGUUGCAGGGAAUAAGAUGUGAUUGCGUCUGGUAGUUGUGACGGACAUGGUGUACGCAGUGCGCUGUGGACUUCAGAUUCGGCAGAAAGGUGAAAACGUGAAGGACCUGAGAACACUCAGUGGGCAAGUCUCUGUCUGGAUCCUGAGAGGCAGUGGGAGCAGAGGGGGGGUGACAUGUCAGAUGGGACAUUGACCCGAGACAGGGAUAAAACCAUGAGGACCCUCUUUGGGGAAAUGUGUUUUAUGUUUUUACAAAGAAACAAUGGGAAAUAUGAUAUGUCCCUAAAUGGAAGCACAAAUAUAAUCCCACAAAACAGGCAGUUUUAUCUUCCUACACCCCAUUGCUUGAGCCCCCUCCUCAUUUCAGCCCCUUGGGCCUUGCAAGGAGAGAAAAACAAAUAGCUAGCUGUGGCUUCCUCAUUCCUGUCUGUUGCAGUGCCCUUCAUGUGUUGGGACGCUUCCAGCAUGGGGACAUGUCCCUGCACAUUUUUCAAUGCAGCUGUUCAGGAAUAUGACUUCCACUAAGAAAUUCUCUUCUAGGUGCUUAAGUAUUGUUCCUUGUACCCUGAAACCAUCAUUACUUCUGAACUUCUAGAUCUUAUCUUGGAAAUGUGCAUUACUACCCUUCUGCUAGCGUGAAGGCUUGUUUCUCAAACUGAGGACACUGCUUGUCCAACAUCCUUUGUUCUUAAUGCCAGCUAAAUCCUAACAUGUCCUCGGAACACUUACUGUGAUUACAGUGUCGGAAUCCUAUUUUGGAGACUAGCCCAGGUCAUAAAUGGAUCUGGUUCAGUAACUUGUGGGACAGAUGAUUGAAUACAGACUUCCCACCUGUUUCUCUAAGUGGAUCUGUGUUUCUCCUCUGCCUAAUAGAUUUUCUGCUUUCUAUCUGGUAAAUUAAGAGAGAAGAAAAGUCAGCCUGUCAUCUACCUUUCCCUCUGUGAAUUGUCAGUUCCACGAAUGUUCCAAGGAACACCUCCUGGUGAAACCCCAGCGUGUCUUGCCUCCCUGACUACUAUUCUGCUGCCUUGUCCUCAAGGCCCACGGGCUGCUGCUUUUAAGAACACUGGGAUUGAGAGGGCCCGUCGGGUCUUCCAAGGCACUUAUCAUUCCUCUUUUGUAGAGAUUUCAUUAUUGAGAUUUAAACUGAACAAUAACAAUGAGAUUGAUUGUUAAUGUUUUGGAUGUAACUUUUGAAUGAAGUAUACUUUGGUGCUUAAAAUUACAUAUUUAUCAUUUUAGGUAAGAAAUGGUAAUAGUGCCAUAAUUUAGAUAUUUUAUAUAUAUAUAUACAUAUAUAUAAAUUUAAAGCUCUGCUGAUUCUUGGGGUUGGUCAAGAUGGACAGAGAGGAUGGAAUUACUUCUAAGUUAGUUUGUUAGGUCAAGUUUCUUAGAUGCAAUGGUCUUGGAUGUUUGUAACAGUAAAACUAAUUUAUUAUAGUGAAAAUGUAAACUUUGAUGUUGGUGAAUAUAUAAACCUGUUUGGCCUAGAAGUCUAAUGGGUCUAAAAAGAUCUCUAGUUUAGGGUACACCGGGCAAAGUUCAGAUUCGACAAUUGAACUGGCACCUCCUACACAUAAGUGAAAUAUAAACAGUUUGAAUUGAAGCUCAUUAAAGAAAAGAAUAAUUGCAUGGAACAAAAAGAUGUUCAGAUAAGUCUAGCUUGACUCUUGUCCAUCUGGCCCUGGUGACCAAUCUUCAUUGACAGCUUUUGGGAAGCUUUACCUUCCUAGGUUUAGUCAGAGCAUCCUGGAACUGAGCCAUCCUAGUUUCCUAAAGUGGUUCAUUCUUCUCUUUCCCGUGGCAGAAAAGACUCUGGGGUAGUCUUGGAGCUGGGGUAUAAAAGAUUGGUGCUACCCCUGGUGAGGGUUGCUGCUGUGUGUUUGCCCAAGUGGAAAGCACUGCUGUGUGACCAUCUCCUGAGCCAGCUGACGUUCCAUCCCUUCCGCCCUGGGCACCUGAUGUUUAACUUGCCUCCUAGAAAAUAUUAUCAAGCAUUUACUUGGAAAAUUUAUUAACCAUGUUCUUUAAUAAUUACUGACAUUUGUCUUUCAAGCUGUCUACCAAAUGUUCAUAUUGGACAUUGAUUUUCUAACCAUGAAGAGAUAUUUAGAUGAAUGUUAUAAAUAAAAGAGGCAAA